AUGAUUUUGAAACCCUGCCUAGUCCUAGGCCUUGUAGGGUUCUUCCCCUUGGCUCAAGCCUACCCCAAGUGGUUUGUUGCUCGACAGACUACAGCCGGUAGCAGCCAGGCUACUGCUACUACUUCUGCCUCUGCCUCUGCUUCGGAGCCCCCUGUUGUCAGCUAUGCUACUUCAGCGCCCCAUACGCCUUUCAGUGGGACUGCCUUGGUGACUGGCGCCCUGAAUGCCUCUUCAGUCGGGACGAACAUCACUAGUCAGCCUGUGAGCCCGGCGGCCACCACCUAUCCGAGCAACGGCCAGCUCCAAAACCCCGAGCCUGCUCCGUAUGUACCGGCUGGAGGUGUCGGAACCAAUGGAACGACGCCUACUUACAACGCCAAAAGCGACUUUGACUAUGAGUCCUUGGCCCUUGCGCUCUAUCAGGAAUACAUCGAAUUGGAUCUCUUCCGGGACGGGCUUGCUCGCUUCUCCGAUGCCGAGUUCAAGGCUGCUGGCUUGAACGCCGAAGACCGAUAUCUGAUCCAGUUCAUGGCGCAACAGGAAGUGGGCCACGCGACGAUGCUGACCAACAUUCUGGGCGCCAACGCACCCAAGCAGUGCACAUACAACUACCCCUACACGACGGUUGCCGAGUUUCUGGACUUUUGCCAGAAACUCACCCGUUUCGGAGAAUCCGGGGUGUAUGGGUUUCUGGCGCAUCUAGACUCACGGGAAGCAGCCACACUGCUAACCCAGUCCAUCACGACCGAAGCCCGUCAGCAGAUGAUUUUCCGGCAGUUCGAGGGGCUCUUCCCCAUGCCUGUCUGGUUCGAGGUGGGCAUACCCCAGUCUUGGGCCUGGACUCUGUUGGCCCCGUUCAUCAGCUCGUGUCCCGAGAAUCAGACGCGGCUGGCGUGGGAGAAUUUCCCAGCCCUCUGGAUCCUGAACCAGCCCAACCCGGCGCGAGUGAAUGCAUCUGCUGGGUUUAACGAGACUCUGGGUCCCGGUAUCAAUGCGUUGAACAGUACCAAGGUCACCGGCUCUGCGGCAUGCAUCAACAACACCACUCCCGGCAGCAGCUGCAGCCCGGCCAUCACCAACAACCGGACCAUCCCUCUAUCGUACCCUGGCCGCCGAGUGUGGUUCCAAUGGGAGUCUCCGGGCAAGCCUGUUGGGCCAAACAAUAGCUAUGUCACUACGAGCAGUGCGGGCACCCCCAAGUAUGUCGCGUGGGUGACGCAGUUGAACGUGACCUACUCGUCUUUGACGGUCAGCAACAAUUCUAGCAUCGGCUGGACCACGCAGCCUAGCCUGGACACCUACGCCGGCGACCCCGCGAUCAAUGGCACGAUGUUCGUCGCAAUCACCGACGAUGAUAUAUAUUUGACUCCAUUCAACAUCAGCUUGAUUAAUCCCCACGUUGUCGCCGGUCCUGCCAUUUACCAGGCUGGCUAA